CCUGCCGCUGCCAUCCGGCCGCCGCUGCUCCAGGACUGCGGUGGUUAACAGCCGCACCGAAGAGCUGCAAUGUCGGCAGAAUUGAAUGAUUUGUUAGAUGAAGUAAAGAAUACGCCCCCUAAACACACUUUGGGCUAAAAAUGGACAACUCCUUUGUGGAAGAAGUGGCUGCAUCACUGGUGAGAGAAUUUCUCAGUAGAAAGGGUUUGAAGAAAACCAUCACUACCAUGGACCGCGAGCUUCCACGUUCUGCACUUAGCAUCAAUAACAGGAACGAACUUCGAAAUGUCCUACAUCUGCACUCCCUGUACAAACAGAACAAGGCAAAAGAGAACCCACUGAAAACACUUCUUGAAAUUAUUACCAACUACUUCCUUGAGCACCGUGGGACUUCCAGAAGCAUCAGUUCAAGUUCUGCUCUGUCAGCUCCUCAAAGAAAGAGCUCAACAUCUCAUCCACCCGACAUCUCGGAUGAAGAUCAUGUGCAUGGGAGUGCCAUUAUGCUCAGUGAAAGCGAAACUCAAGCCUACAGAUAUGAUGUUGAGAAUCCACUAGAUAAAAUCCUUCCAUCCAGAAGACAUCAGCACAAAAGUGAAAAAUGCCACACAGGGGCAAUACACAACAGCCAUUUACCCUCUGAGGGGGAUAAGAAGUUAAAAGAUAGUCGAGAAGAUUUAAAAGCAGCAGCAAUUUCUGAGGAGCUGAAAUCCACAGUGAAGGAGAAGCCAAGGCCCAGGUCUGGUCUCAUUGUCAGAGGAAUGAUGGCUGGACCAGUAGCAAGUUCACCAGAGGAUCUGCAAAAAAGGAGGCUUUCAAAACGAUCCACUAGCAUAAGCAGCACAGCACAGUUCAAGGGUGAUGAACAUGAAGAAAAUGACUGGAGUGUCCCAAAUACUGAUUUUCAAGAAAGCAAAGGAUCUUCAACACAAGUAAAUACGGAGUUUGCAUCAAAGACUAUGUCAAGCUCACACACAAGUUCAGCCUCUGAAAAACUAAGAAGCAUCCCCAAAGAUACAGAUGACUUUUUUGCCAAACUGUUGUCUGAAAGAGACAGGACCAAGACAGAAGAUAGAAAAUCAGUUCCAAGCUUUGGUACAGACAGCAAUGAAAAAAGCCUUAAAGAGUGUGUCCCUCACAGACAUUCAGGGACUGGAAGAGAGAAGAGAGAAAGAUCUCUCAAGAAAAAUGAGAGUUGGUUGUCCGACCACAGGUUGUCAGGCCACAGGAAGUCUCCAACGUCCACUUGCUAUAAAGAAGACCAGAUGAAAGAUGUCCUAGAAUUAGUUGAUAUUGAGGAUGAAGAAACAACUGGAGAAGUUAGUAAGAACCCGGAUCUUUCAACACUGUAUAUGCUUCAAGUAGUAUCAAAGGCAAUUGAUAUUUCUCUUGCAAAAGAAUUAAAAAAUCUUUUGUUUGGCUCUAGUAUUUGUUGCUUCAGUGAAGAAUGGAAAAUACAGAGUUUUACAUUUAAUAACAUACCACAGUUAAAAUACGGCAUUGUGCAAAAAAAGGGUGGCCCAUGUGGAGUACUGGCUGCAGUUCAAGCUUGUGUUCUACAACAGCUUAUUUUUGCAGACAGUAACAGGAAUAAAGACACUCGUUGUCUUCAGCCUUCGGAAGUUCACAGGACCAAAUGCCUCACCAUGGCUAUUGCAGACAUAUUGUGGCGUGCAGGAGGCAAUGAAAAAGCAAUUGUGGCACUGCCGUCAGGAAGACAGCAGUUCACUCCCAUAGGAAAAUACAAGGCAGAUGGAAUCUUAGAAACACUAAUACUACAUAGUGCCACAAGAUACGAAGAUCUGAUUGUAUUUCUUCAGCAGAAUAUUCACCAGUUUGAAAUUGGUCCCUGUGGGUGCAUCCUUCUGACUGUGUCUGUCAUCUUAUCAAGAUCUAUCAAUCUGGUGCGCAAUGAUUUUGAUGUGCUUACAAACCGAUUGAUUGGCAGCCAUGGCUAUUGUACUCAGGAAUUGGUGAACUUGCUUUUGACUGGCAAAGCUGUGUCCAAUGUUUUCAACGAUGUGAUAGAGCUGGACUCUGGAAAUGGCAAUAUCACAAUUUUGAAAGGUAUCACUAGCCGCAGUGAUAUUGGUUUGCUGUCUCUCUUCGAGCACUAUGAUGUUUGCCAGGUUGGGUGUUACUUGAAGACCCCUAAAUACCCAAUUUGGUUGGUAUGCAGUGAAAGCCACUUCAGUGUGCUCUUUUGUUUGGAAAAGGAUUUACUGGGUGACUGGAAAACAGAGCGGAGAUUUGAUCUAUAUUAUUAUGAUGGCUUGGCCAACCAGGAAGAAGAAAUACGGUUAACGGUUGACACAACUCAGAUGUGCGCUGAAGAUAAAGAAAAUGACCUUACUCCUCCACUUGAGCACUGUAUUAGGACAAAGUGGCAAGGAGCUGUUAUUGACUGGAAUGGCACAGAACCAAUCUUGUGACUGACCUGACCUGCACUUUAUUUGUAAAGACAGAAAGGAAAUGACUGAAUUAGCACAUUCCUAUUCCCACCAAUACAGGAAAUAGGACAAGAGUUGUGCAGUUUACAAUGAGGAAGAAUGACAUGGUUUGCAGGCUGGAAGAGUUUCACCUCAAUCACCUCAUGCUUCAGAUAUUUUGCUUAUAAUAUAAACAACAUUUACGUAAAUUCCUUGUCACUGCCUUUAACAUACAGCUUGUGAGAGUAGACUGAGUUUCCACCACCAAAUCAAGGUUACAGAUGAA